GUAAAUGUAAGUCUGGGUGCCAGUCUUAUUAGGUACACGUCGAUUUUGUUGGAAGUCUCUCCACAAUCGAGGGGGAAAAUGAUUGAAUUUUCGCCUAAAAUGUUGCAAUAUUUUGUUGCAGUAUUUUUAAUAAGUAUCCUAGGGACAUGUUGGUGUAUAGAGCAUGAUUUAACAGUCGUCGUCCCGGCUGGCAGAAGAGAAUGCUUUCAUCAACGCAUCAAAGAACAGAAAACCUUGGAUUUCGAAUUUCAGGUCAUUGAAGGGGGAGACAUGGAUAUAAAUUUUAUACUGAGAUCACCGACGAAUAAAGCGCUGGCCACUGAAGCACGCAAGCAAGAAGGAAUUUACACCUUUGGCACUCAUGAAACUGGAGAUUACCUCUUUUGUUUUGAUAACUCCUUCAGUCGAAUGACAGAGAAGCUGGUGUAUUUUGACCUUGCCUUGGAUUAUGAUGACGAGGAUGAAGAAUUAAGGAAACCUCCAUGGAUGGAUUUGAUGACUGGGACGGGGGGAGGAACCGACACAAUGGAAGUACGACUUGAAGAAAUCCAGACGUCCCUAGGCAUUGUCCGCGACAACUUACACAAAUCAGUCCAGACGCAGCGUCUGUUGCGCAACGUGGAGUUCCGAGACCGCUACCUCGCCGAGCGGAACUACGAGCGGGUCUCGUUCUGGUCCAUACUGACCACCGUCGUCAUGAUGAGCACUUUCGUGAUCCAGGUCAUCAUGAUACGGAGUCUGUUUGGCAGCCGCACUGGGGGAAAGACCGAGACCAAGACAUGACGAGGCACCUCAGCAGGUCAACAGUCAAAUGGGAGAGGGGCAGAAGAAGGGGGGGGGGGGAUUCUAAAAAACUUGGCAUUUGGAAUGUUCCCUAUGCAAUCAUAUAGGAGGCUUCAUGGGAACAUUUGUUGGCGUCGGGUAGGUUGCCAGUGGGGGAGGGGUGAGGGUACCUCCCCCUCCCGCUUCAAUAAGAGUGUGUUCCUAUUUUUAACAGUUGAGGGGAGGGGGGAGAUUAUACCGUUCUAGUACUUUGUUGAUUCUUGAAUCGUAUUUUUGAACAGCUUGACAAUAAAAGUUAGCAUUAUUGUCCGUUAGUUCUUUCAUUGAAGAGGUUGAUUUUUGUUUUCUUUUCUAGUAGCUUUUAUUUUGACACAUUAACCUAUCGAGCUAAUACAUAGGUUAUUCUUUUGUAGGUGUAUUUUUACCAUUCAAACACGAGUCUUAAAUUUAGUCCAUGCACACUGCAUUCCUAAUGCUUAACA